CCUUUGAGGGCACUCACCGGCCGGUUUCCAGCUCUUGCUUACAUGGGCUCCAAAAUGGCGGCUGUGAGGGCCUGAGAGUGGGCAGUGGGCGAUUGAAGGGCGCCCAUGGCCUUGUUUGAGGCCGCUGUGGGCCUUCAAGGGCCCAGUCUUUGCCGUGGGGCCCUGCCAGGCUUGGGCCUCCCUUUGGGCCGCCGGUGGCGCUCAGGGAAUGGAGAGAAUGAUGGAAAAGGGGGCUUCAGUGCCUCCCCAAAGGGCUUGUAUGAGAUCCUGGGGGUGUCCCAGGCUGCCACUCAGGCCCAGAUCAAGACGGCCUACUACAAGCAGUCUUUCCUCUACCACCCGGACCGUAACGCCGGCAGCGAGGAGGCUGCAAGGCAUUUCACCCGAGUCAACGAGGCCUACCUAGUCCUGGGCAGCGUGAGCCUGCGCAAGAAGUACGACCGUGGCCUUCUCAGCCGGGAGGACCUCCGCGCUGCCAAAAAACCCUCCGGGAAAGAGGGCCCGACCUCUGCCCCGGUGCCCAAGCGCAGCCAGACCUUCGCGGCUGGCCAGACCCCCGCCAAGCCCAUCUUCGACUUCGACAAGUUCUACCGGGCCCACUACGGGGAGCAGCUGGAGCGGGAGCAGUCCCUGCGGGAGCGGCGGAAGGAGCAGCAGAAGCGCAAGGAGGAGGCGGAGAAGAGGUGGCAGAUGGAGAGCCUGCAGGAGAUUGGGAUGGCUGUCCUCUUCUUGGCCACUUUGACCCUCCUCUUGCACCUCAAGUGAGAACUGGAGGAGGAGGAGGGGGACCUUUAUGAGUUGGGACUGGCCUUCCUCUUCACCACUGCCAUGGUCCUCCUUUUGUACCUCAAGUGAGAAAGAAGGAGAGAGAUCAGCGGCAAUAGAUAUGGGGAAUCUGCAUGAGUUGGGACUGGUCUUUCCUCUUCGUGGCUGCCAUGGCCCUCCUCUUGCACCUUAAGUGAGAAACAAAGGAAGGAAAGAGAGAAGAAGAGAUGGGAAAUCUGCAUGAUUUGGGGCUUCUCGGCCUUUUGGCUAAGAUCAAGCCUGCAGCAUGAGUUGGGGCUGGGCGACCUCUUUGUGGCCGCUGUGGCCCUCCUCUUGCACCUCAAGUGAGAACUGGAGGAGGAAGAAGACCAGCAGCAGCAGAGAUGGGGAAUCUGCAUGACUUGGGAAUCACUGUCCUUCCUGCGGGAGCAGUGGAGGGAGCAGCAGAGGCACAAGGAGGAGGCGGAGAAGAGGUGGCAGGUGGAGUGCUUGCAGGAGCUGGGGAUGGCUGUCCUCUUCAUGUUCGCUGUGGCCCUCUUCUUGCACCUCGAGUGAGAACCGGAGGAGGAGACUGACCACCACCAGCCGAGAUGGGGAACCUGCUUGAGUUGGGGCUGGCCUUCCUCUUCAUCGCUGCCAUGGUUCUCUUGUACCUCAAGUUAGAGAUGGAAGAGGAGGCUUGGUCAGAUGCCUCCCUCUUGCCCCUAUUGAAACUGGAGAAGUAGUGGAACUGAGAAGAUUUGCACAAGUUGGGCUGGACUUCCUCUUCUUCUUUUCUUUUAAACAUCAAGUGAGAAAUCGAGGUGGAGAAGACAAACCAGCAGCGACAAAGAGAGAUCUUCCUUUAUCCACUCAAAGGUUGCUCUGGAGAAACACUUCAAUAUUGCCAUGGCUCUCAUCUAGGAGUGUAAGAGAAGGCAGCUUGGCCAGAUGCCUCCCUCCUGACAUAGAGACUGUGGCAGAGAGGUCACCAACAGCACAGAGAAAACUUGUACAAGUUGGGUCUGGCCUUCCUCUUUGUUGCUGUGAUGCCCUCCUUCUUGAACCUCAAUUGAGAGAGAACAGAAGGCAGCUUUGCUAGGUGCCUCCAUCCUGUUCCUAUAGAAAGUGGAGAAAUACAGCUCAGUAACAGCACAGAGCGACAGUCCGUCUCUUACUCACAUGUUUGGCGGGCCUGCAUGAAUUGAGUCUGGCCUUCUUCGUGCUGCCAUGGCCCUAAUCUUGAACCUCAAGCGAGAAGGAAGAGAAGCCCACUUUGCCACAUAUCCCCCUCUUGCCCAAAUUGAAACCAGCAGCAACACAGAGAGAAAUUUCUCACCAACAGUUUAUUAGUGUGUCAUUGGUUUUCUUUUUUUUUUCUGACCUUUGAGGAUAACUUGAAUGUCACAUCUUCAUGAAUCAGGUUCUGCUUGGACUUUUAGAACUGUAAUUCUUUGGACUUGGACAGAUCCCUUUCAAAAUCAACUCAAAACCCAAUUGAUCAUCAAGCGGAGUAUCAGAACAUUUUGAGCCUUUAGAAUCAUUGCAUCAGUCUUAAAGCUCAGACAAAUCCCAGUGGUAACCAAUUGGUUGUCAAACUAAGUAUCAGAUCGCCUUAGUAGCUUAAUUAAGAUUUUUUCUUGCAUUUUCAACCAUGCCAACAUCUCAAAGAAAGACUGGAGGCAUGGUCCCCAUUGACCCUACAGGACUCUGUGUUUGGUAGCCCCUCAACGGAGUGCAGUUUGCAAAUUCAGAAAUAUUUGGAGGAUUUUUGGUAGCAGGCCACAGGUCUCAGGUCUCCAGAUGUUGGUUCCAAAGAAAAAUGAAUGAACAGGAAUUCACUUUGCCUUAAUUCUCCCCAGUCGUGCCAUCUGUUCACUUUCUUUCGGUGGCCCUCCAAAUGAUUUUGACCCACAUCAACAAAGCAGGCAAGGAAUGAUGGGAACCGCAGUCCAAAAUCACUUCAAGCGCUACCCCAACACAAAGAACAGACUUUUAGCGGCCUAGCAAUGCUCUUGAAGGACUGCCCCUCCUCGGAAUAAUUUUGGAUAAACUGAUGCUGAUUUUAGAGUCUGGUGUGAUUCUGUAAUCAAUAUGUGCACACGGGAUUUAAACAAAUAAUGUAUAUGAGCUAUAUUUUAAUUUAUAAAGACACAAGAAAGGAGGUUAGAA